AACGAAACACUGGGGCGUCUCACCACGGAAAGUGCAGAAAGUAGCAAUAGAAACUCUUAGAGAGUGCUCGGUCAGGCCUCGCACAUCGCAGUACGCCUCCAGAACACGCUCCGACUUGCUGGGGGUGGUCCGCAGCUACGCGACAUUUCCGCAAAAUGAAAAUAUGGGGACGCCGGCCGGUCACACCGUUGCCAAUGUCUGCAGGCGUGUCUUCCCCCAACAGAUCCUUCUGUGGCGCGAUCUUCCUAUAAAGCCCGUCCACCCCCUUCCCCGCCGUUCUCCACGCCUCUCCCCCUCCUUCCUUUUCCUCCAUCAUGUCUACCGUCGUUCAGACCCGUAAGACGCCUCCGCCUGAGAUGGCCAACAUCACCCCGCCUCUCACCCCACCUCUGAAAAAGGCCAAGCUUGAGAAGCCCAAUGGCAAAGAUGAGCUUUCUGCCGACAACAACGUUCCUGAUAACUAUGUCGCCUGGACCCUCAAGCAUCAGAAGGAGCUUCCUCCUGUCACUCUUGACAACUUCGUCCAGAAUGUCAAUUGGCUCACCUGCGCCAUCCUCACCCUCACGCCCGCCCUUGCCAUCUGGGGUGCUUUCCACACCAAGCUUCGUUGGGAAACUGCCGUCUGGAGUGUCAUCUACUAUCUCAUUACCGGUCUCGGUAUCACCGCAGGCUACCACCGUCUCUGGGCUCACCGCUCCUACAAUGCCGCAAAGCCUCUCCAAUACUUCCUUGCCAUGGCCGGUGCCGGUGCCGUCGAAGGUUCCAUCAAGUGGUGGUCUCGCGGUCACCGCGCUCAUCAUCGUUACACCGACACCGAGCUCGACCCUUACAAUGCUCACCGCGGUUUCUUUUAUUCCCAUGUCGGUUGGAUGCUCCUCAAGCCUCGUCGUAAGCCCGGUGCUGCCGAUGUCAGUGAUUUGAGCAGAAGCGGCGUUGUCAGGUGGCAGCACAGGUGGUAUAUCUACUUGAUUCUCGGUGCUGGCUUCAUCUUCCCUAUGCUUGUUGCCGGCCUGGGCUGGGGUGAUUGGAGAGGUGGUUUGAUUUAUGCCGGUGCCGCCCGUUUGUGUUUCGUUCAUCACUCAACGUUCUGCGUAAACUCGCUCGCGCACUGGCUUGGUGAGGCGCCCUUUGACGACAAACACACUCCUCGCGACCACCUCAUCACUGCCCUCGUCACCGUUGGCGAAGGCUACCACAACUUCCAUCAUCAGUUCCCCAUGGACUAUCGAAAUGCCAUCAAGUGGUACCAAUACGAUCCAACCAAGUGGUUCAUCUGGACCAUGCAUAAGCUAGGCUUGGCCACUCAUCUCAAGGUCUUCCCGGAUAACGAGGUCAAGAAGGGCCAGUUGACGAUGCAGUUGAAGAAGUUGAGGGAGACUCAGGAUGUUCUCAAUUGGGCGCCGGACCCGUCUGACUUGCCGGUGAUAAGCUGGGAGAGCUGUGAUCGAGCAGCAAAGCUUAAAACGGCCUCUGGUCGUCGUUGCUGGCUUCAUCCACGAUCUCUCUUCAUUUUUGGAUGAGCACCCUGGAGGCCGUCAUUUCCUCACCAAGAACAUCGGAAAGGACGCAACAACUGCAUUCUUUGGUGGUGUUUACGACCACUCUAACGCCGCUCACAACUUCCUUUCGAUGCUGCGAGUGGGUGUUAUACAUGGCGGUUGCCAACAUGGCUUGGAAGACAGGGCUGUCCCACCUGCUCAACGUCUUCGCAUCGCGAGGUACAAUGAGCUCAGUGGAUCACCAUAUGCUAGCUCAACGGCGUGGUCGGACGGGGAAGGUAUCCUCAAUUAAACGGCCCACUUUCUCUCGUCUUCGCGGUCCUCUCGAGUUUCACGUCUUACAUCAAGAUUGAACCCUGCAUUUAGUGACCCUUGUCUUGUUAUCCGUCCGUUGUCAAUAGUGUGUAUUUUUUCAUGAUCCAAUCCUCCUCCAUCGCAUGGGGUCUCCUCUCAUUCUCUCGAUGAUCCCACCCUCCGCCAUUCUCGUUUUUCUUGUUCAUGAUGCAUGGUUUUCACGAAUUCGAUAUUCUCCUCCACUCAUGACAGUUGUUUUGUGUUGCUCCUUGCCUGCUACUCCCGAGUGCCACUUUAUAACUACAAAUGCAUUCGAAAGAGGUGGGGAGACAUAGGGCACGCCCAGAAAAGUUAGUGUAUUACUUAGAAUGACCUCCCUUUUUGUUGGUCUUUAUUUUCUUAGAGAACUUGAUGCGUACGUCGUGGUUUCUGCUGGAUGUUUUUAGUGGAUCGGUAGCGUAGAAGUAGCAUUGUGUAGAGGUGUCGAUGAUAACAUUGAAUGGUUGUUGAUGCG